AUGACCACAUCACACAGACCACAGUUAGAGGCAAGAAGUGGUGCAAAAGCUGCCGCAUAUACUCCAACAAGCAUUGAACACGCAAGAUUACUACCAGGACACACGAAAUUGAAGUAUAGGAAGUUCAAGCAAGAUAUAAAGUGUAAAGAAAGUAGUUCACAAGGCGAAGGAAGUAGCGAUGGCAGUGUAGACGAGAGGCAAAUUAACGAAGACGAACAAGACGCUGUGGAGGAUGAGAAUCUUGAAGAGAAUGAUGAUGAGAAUUUUGAAGAGAGUGAGGAUGACCAGGAAGAUUUGCUGAAGGAAUUAGCGAAGAUCCAAGAGGCUAAGUUGGACAAGAAAAUACGGCUUCAGCAAAAGGAGAAAAUAGAAGAACAGCCGUCCAAACGAUCUUGGAGGCAAAGCACGGCGUUUGGACGUCAUAAAAUCACAAAAAUAACAAACAGUAAUGACGAUGGUGCAAAAAAUCCACUAUCUGGAUACGUUAAUGAUAUGACAAAAUCUAAAUAUCAUCAGGAAUUUCUUCACAAAAAUAUUAAAUAA